AUGGUCAACCAGAGGAAACCGCCUAAGGAACAUCUCGUAGAGGUCGCUCCGGAGCCUGAGAUUGAACCUAUCGAGGCUGAAGAAUUACCCACUGUGAAUACUGAUGGUAUUAAGGAUGAUAGUAAUCCCGAAAAGAAAGAUGUUCAUAUGUCUCCACUACAGAUCAUUCAGAAGAUCCAUCGGUACUCGACCUACUCGUUCUCGGGAUUUCUGUUUCUCCACGCGAGCUCAGUCAUCUUUGCCCCGGUUAUCUCCCCUUCGUUUGGUGAAUCUGUUUUACAGACAGCCAAUCCAAUCUAUCAAGCGCCAGGUAUUGAACCUCUUCUGGUUUAUGGAUCGUUGGCUGCUCAUGUCACGUCGGGGAUCAUCCUGCGUGCUCACAAGGCCUACUUGAAUAAAAGGUACUAUGAUCAAUGGAAACUACCUAGGUUUUCGCCAUUGGCGGUGUCAGGAUAUGUGGUACUUCCGUUUGUACUGGGCCAUAUUACCGCGUCACGAAUAGCGCCACAGAUUGUUUUGGGUGAUAGUUCGCUUAUAUCUCUGCAGUAUAUAGCGCAUGGUUUUCAUCGACACCCUAUUCUCAGCUGGCUGGCUUACAUUCCUCUAGUAUUUCUUGUCUCUCAUCAUGUAAUAUGGGGUUGGAAACGAUGGCUCAAUCUGUUUGGUAAGAAGUAUACCCGCAAGACAUAUGCUCUGUUUUCCACGAUAUUACUUUGUGGAUACAUUUCUCUUGCUAGAAUCUCUCGUAUGCCUAAAGUAUCGGGAUGGGUCGCUUCACAAUUUGACAAAGUCUUUGCUGCGAUUUAUUUCUGA